AGCGGCUUUCUUCCGGCCCGGACAUUACAGGUUGCCCGAGGUGUGCGCUUGACGCAGCCUUCCGCUCCUCCGCCUCCUCCACAUAAGGAACUAGGCUGUCGCCUAGGGACCGCACAACUGCUCACUUUUACUGCGCCGACGUCUAAGCCCAAACCAUAAGCGAUGUCACAGAGAAGGUCCGGAAGUAAAGCUUCAGAGGACGUGGACAUGCAGGUCGAACAAUCAAUCAUCCGCAUUCCUCCCCACCACUAUAUCCAUGUCCUGGAUCAGAAUACGAAUAUCGCCAGGGUGGAGGUGGGGCCUCGCACCUACAUCCGACAGGACAAUGAAAGAGUGCUGUUCGCACCCCUGCGCAUGACCAUGGUGCCCCCCCGCCACUACUGCGUGAUCCUGAACCCUGUGGUCCGUGAUGACCAGGGCCAGGUCCAAUUUGACCAGCUGGGCCAGGCCAAACUGCGUCACGCCGACCUGGAGAUCCGACUGGCCCAGGACCCCUUCCCGCUCUACCCAGGGGAGCAAAUCCAGCAGGACGUGACGCCGCUGCAGAUCGUCUUCCCGAACACGGCCCUGCGCCUGCAGGCCAUGCUGGAUUUCGAGGAUGAGGAUGACGAGAAGCGGCUGGCUGGGGAUGAGUGGCUCUUCGAGGGCCCAGGGACCUACAUCCCCCGGAAGGAGGUGGAGGUGCUGGAGACAGUGAAGGCCACAGUGAUCGGGGAAAACCAGGCCAUCCGUCUCCGAGCACGCAAGGAAGGCACAGACAGGGGGGGCAUCCACAGGGUCACAGGGGAAGAGUGGAUGGUGAAAAAGGUGGGAGCGUACCUUCCAGGGGUCUAUGAGGAGGUGAUGGACAUCGUCAAUGCUUUCAUCCUGACCGACAAGAAAGCACUGCAUGUACGCGCCCUGCGCCCAUUCCGCGACGCGGGCGGUCGCGAGCGCCGCACGGGGGAGGAGUGGCUGGUAACAGUGGCCGAUCGUGAGGCGCACAUUCCGUCGGUGGCCGAGGAGGUGGUGGGUGCGGUGGAUGUGACCACGCUGAGCAGCCGGCAAUACUGCGUCAUCCUGGACCCCGUGGGGGGUGAUGGGAAGCCCCAGCUGGGCCAGCGGAAGGUGGUCAAGGGCGAGCGCUCGUUCUUCCUGCAGCCGGGCGAGCAUCUGGAAAACGGAAUCCAAGACAUCUACAUCCUGUCUGCAGAGGAGGGGCUGGUACUCCGGGCUUUGGAGGCUUUCAUGGAUACCGAGGCAGAGGAUGAACUGAAGGAAGAGGGGGGGAGCCAGUCGAAAAAAGGCGGGGUCGUCCGUCGCCCCGGCGACCGCUGGAUGCUGCAGGGCCCCAUCGAAUAUGUACCUCCGGUCACUGUGGAGGUGCUGAUGCGCCGGCAGGCCAUCCCACUGGACGAGAAUGAGGGGAUCUAUGUGCGGGACAUCAGGACGGGGAAGGUCCGUGCCGUGAUUGGCCAUACCUACAUCCUGACCCAAGACGAGGAGUUGUGGGAGAAGGAGCUCCCGGCCAAUGUGGAAACACUCCUGGGAUCGGGCCGGGACGUCCUGGCAGACCGCUCACACAGGGGGGGUCCCAAUGAGGACAGGAUGCCGAGGGACAAGACCCGGGUGGUAUCUUAUCGGGUGCCCCACAAUGCCGCCGUGCAGGUGUACGACUACAGGGAAAAGACAGCCAGGGUGGUGUUCGGACCUGAGAUGGUGAUGCUGGGACCAGAUGAGCAGUUCACGGUGCUGUCGCUGUCUGGGGACAAGCCCAAACGGGUAAACGUCAUCAAGGCGCUUUGCCUGCUGCUGGGGCCCGACUUCUGCACCGACAUCAUCACCAUCGAGACUGCCGACCACGCCCGCCUGCAGCUCCAACUCUCCUACAACUGGCACUUUGACAUCAAGCCGCAGUCAGACCUGGCAGAGGCAGCGACCCUCUUCUCGGUGCCGGACUUUGUGGGCGACGCCUGCAAGGCCAUCGCGUCCCGGGUGCGAGGAGCAGUGGCAUCUGUGCAGUUCGACGACUUCCACAAGAACUCGAACCGGAUCAUCUGCACGGCCGUCUUCGGCUUUGACGAUAAGCUAGCGGUGAGGCCCAGCCUACGCUUCAGCCAGAACGGCUUGGUCAUCAGCAGCGUGGACAUACAGUCGGUGGAACCGGUGGACCAGCGGACACGAGACGCACUGCAGAAGAGUGUGCAGCUGGCCAUCGAGAUCACCACCAACUCCCAGGAGGCCACUGCGCGCCAUGAGGCUGAGCGGCUGGAGCAGGAGGCCAAGGGCCGCCUGGAGCGCCAGAGGAUCAUGGACCAGGCGGAGGCUGAGCGGGCCCGCAAGGAGCUGCUGGAGCUGGAGGCCCUCAGCGCGGCCGUGGAGAGUACCGGGGCAGCCAAGGCCGAGGCCCAGUCCCGCGCAGAGGCAGCCCGCAUCCAGGGCGAGGCGGCCGUCAAUGAGGCCAAGCUCAAGGUGGAAGCUCUCAGGAUCGAGGCGGAGGCGGAGCUGGCCCGUCUGGCCAAAGCACGCGAACAGGAACUGAACUACAAGCUGCAGCUGAGCCAGCAGGAGUGCCAGAAGCAGGAGAAGCUGGCACAGAUUGAGAUGAUGCGCUUCAAGGACAUGAUGCAGAGCCUGGGCACCGACACCCUCAAGGAGAUGUCUAGGGCAGGACCCGAGCUACAGGUGAAGCUGCUCCAGUCACUGGGUCUUAAGUCCACCCUGAUUACAGAUGGGUCAGCUCCCAUCAACCUCUUCAGUACCGCGAGCGGCCUGCUGGGUAACCUGCAGGGCAAGGCAGAGUGAGACGACAGGAAGGGAGGAACUGUCCAGCCAGCAUGGAAACCAAAGCCGAAUAUGCCUGCAGCCCUGAAAGUGCUCCAAAACACUAUCCCGAUACUGAUAAGCCUUUGUUCUGAUUGUGCCUUUAAAAUGUAACCUUUAAACAUAAAUAUAAGCAAUCUUUAAGUAUAAAA